GUCAAAGUGCAGUAGCCUACCGACACAAUAGAACUGUGCAGAUCAGAGAGGGAGAAGGUGAGGUCAGAGCACCAGAUCGCUGUCCGCCGGACAAAGCUUCGACGCGGUUCGCAGUAGUCGACAGAGCUUCGUUCUCCGCUCCCUCCCGCUGAGCUCAGAGAGAGAGAGGGCGGUUAUGGCGUUGAAUCAAGCUCGAGCUUGUACUCCGUUGCUGGUCCGGGUCGGAUUAGGAGUAGUCGGCCUCUGCAUCAUCGGUUACAUCCUCGGUCCGCCUCUGUACUGGCAUUUCAUGGAGGGGAUCGCCGCUUUCAGCCACUCGUCUUCUCCCGCCUGCUCUCCCUGCGAGUGCGAUUGCUCUUCUCAGCCUCUGCUCUCCAUACCUGAAGCACUGAGCAAUGGUUCCUUUGCAGACUGUGUAAAGCAUGAUCCCGAGGUUGGUGAAGUCACAGAGAAGAAUUACGCUGACCUGCUAUCCGAAGAACUAAAACUUCGAGAAGUUGAAGCCUUGGAAAGUCAGAGGCGCGCUGACAUGGCUCUGCUCGAAGCCAAGAAGUUAACAUCGCAGUAUCAGAAAGAGGCAGACAAGUGCAACUCAGGUAUGGAAACGUGUGAAGAAGCACGAGAAAAGGCUGAAGCCACAUUAGCAGCACAGAAGAAGCUGACUGCAAUGUGGGAACUGAGGGCUCGUCAAAGAGGAUGGAAAGAAGGGAUCGCAAAGUCCUAGUCUCAUGGAAGUGUCCAGUCUGCAUAGAAGAGAGGAGCUCUCAGCCUCGGGCUAUACUAUACCGUCUGAUGAAGGCCUGCCAAAAGGUAAUCCUCACAAUCUACUAAAUGAUGGGAAGUUUUGCAAACUUAUUGCCAUUCGUAGUUAUAUUCCUUGAGGUGACUAGGCCAAUCCGAGGGGAGAAAAGCCAGUCCACACGGAAGGCCGUCGCCCCAAUUGUUAUAUUGAUGUCAUAGUUUAGAGCUAUAUGCCUGGACUGUCAUAAGGCAUGGCAAGGUUAUAAUUGUUGCUCGUGUUAAGUUAUAAGCCUUCAAUAGUCUUUGCAUAUAAUGUACUACGGGAUUUUAUAUCAAAUCAUUCAUUGCCAUGAAUUCUUUCCUCAUAGAUAACACCCGCCACUAAGAAUAAUUGUAAUUGUAAACUGAACGUGUCA